AUGGGUUGUGGCCAAGCCGAAGCUCCAAAUCCAAUUCAUCUUCUGCACUUUCUGCAUGUGCUGUACCAAACUUCAAACUCAAGCUCAUCCGACAAUCCUCUCCAAAUAGUGACCUCUGUGGGCUGCGAUCAUGCGAGUUAUUAUUAUGGUUUUGGAACAAGGGCUUUGUAUUUGACGUGGAUGCCGGAAAAUACGUCCGAUAAUUCAUCUGAGCUUCAUGAGGUGAAGAAUAACGAGAGCAACCUUAAGAGGCUAGAGGCUCAAUCAAUGGAGGAAGGAGCUACCCCCAUGAUUGAGGAUCAAAGGUUUGAAGCAAUGCUCGGUUCGAAAAAAUCAGGAUAUAUACGUGAUCAUGGGGCUGGUCCAAAGCCCACAACAUCUACUGCUGGACAACGUAUCCGUGCACAACUAGAGAAGGAGAAUGAGGAAUUGAAGAGGCAAGCUGAAACAAAUAGGAUGCGUUGGGAGUCGUUGGAGAGGGAAAAUAGUGAUUUGGCUUCGUGA